ACCCCCCCCCCCCCCAGGUCAAGAUACCUGUACGCGCAGACCGGCAAACAGAUCCGAACGCAGACAAAAAGGCUGACUUGGUACAUUACGUUCGUCAGCAAACCGCUGUCUUUGUGUACCAAUCAAGUACGUGAGGAUUACGGCUACGAUUGAGAAGCAGCAUUGUUGUUCACGGUGUACAGUUUUUUACCGUUCGGCGCGUUCACGUCCUAUGCGACCCUUUCUACGAGGAUAUAGCCACACACGCACGUACAAUUAUUUCGUUCAUUCGCCAGUGGAGCGUCGCCGGUAUAAUGUGAAUUCAUGUUUGUGUGCAUGGAUGCAAAAGUUAUAUAGAAAGGAAUACGAACAAAGACCUAACAGGGAGCUCAAGAUCGGACAAAGAUCCCAAAACAGGAAUGUUGAAUUAAACGAAACGGAAGCAUUAUUGUCUUACGUCUAUAUUCUAGCUCCGCUGUUCCAAGCAUCUCAGAAAGAAACGAAGUAACUGCACAAUUUCGAGGUUGUCUUUUUCCUGAGAGAGGUGUGUAUUCAUGUGAAAAAAGUGCUAUUAACGUUGUUGCUGUUUUUGUCGCUGUUGCUUCUCGUGGUCGUGGCAGCAGCGGCAAAGAUUCUAUUGUGUUGGAGCAAUAGGACAACGCUAGAAGAAACGCAGGUGGUGGUCGCUCAGGCCUUUGAGAGGCCACCGAUGGCCCGGCAGGCUGCGAUUGCUGUUGUGACUUGUGUUGCUGCUGCUCUUGACGCCGCUUGUAUUGGCGUUUCUGUUGCUGCAGCCGUCGGCGUACAACAAUUACUGGCACCUUCGGCAGACACAGUGGCAUUCCCUUGGUUAGUCCCACCGCUUAUGCUGACGCACAAGCAGCUGUGCUGUUACAUCAACUGCUUGUCGCUAAUGAACUACUAAACAACUUGCGAGUUCUCUGUUUGACCGACUGAUCAAGCAACGAAGCGACCGAGGGACUUGCAGACAGAUCAGUCGUUUGCGGCUGGGUGGCUUCUCAGUUGUUUGAGGCGCACCCGGGGCUGUCCUACCCAACUAGAGCUAUCCACAAUCAUAGCAGGUCGGUUAGCCCCCAGUAGGUGCCCCCCGUACGCAGUCGGUGAACUAGACUCAACGUUACAAAAGCUGAUACUAUUGUCAAUCAGUCUAUGUAUGCCCAUUUUCACCGAAACGUCUCUCUUUCCAGUACCUAAAAACCAGCCAACAAAUCUCCGUACCCUGCAAGCAUAUCCACGUUAGUAAUAGUGCUCCGAGGUACGGUCCUUCUUGGCCAGAACACGUCCUGACGCUGGUUGUAUCCGCAAUCACCUGACGAUAAAAAGCCCGGUGCUUUUAGACAAAAGAGUAGUCUGAUGAGAGUGGUCGGCGCGUAUGUGUGUGCGUGUUCAUAGAGGAGCUGGAGUAGCUACACCAAAAAUUACAACAUCAACAACACUUUUAGCAACAGGAACGAAGAAAGCUACAUUGUAAUUAUCAACAACAAUAGCAGCGAUUCGAACAACUUAUUACUGUUGCCACUUAUAAUUGUUAACGUCGAUAAAAUAUAUCAACGGUGUCAGCCAGCAGACGAGUUCGGCGUCGUCAAAUCAAACGAACGACCCAGCGUUGUUGUUGCUGCUGCUGCUGCUGUUGUUGUUGCUGUUGUUGUUGUCGUCGUCGUCGUCGUCGUCGUCGUGAUCGCCGUCGUUGUUGUUCUUGUUGUUGUUUAUUGCUGUUGUUGUUGUUGUUACUUUCUGCUGCGGAACGUUCUGGCUCUCAUUAUACAAACACACACUCACCCACCAUUCAAUUCCUAGUACUACGCCGUCGACCGUUUUACACGCUACGCGACAUUCGGCCAGUAUCGCGAUCACCGACCUCUUCUCUUCUAUGUACUCGUGAGUGCAGUGCGUGAGUGCGUCUGGUGUUACGUGAAUAAAGGAGUCGUACCGGUAGUAGUCAGUCGGCGGUGGGAAAAGGCAGCAGAUACGAGCAAAUCAGCGGUUGCGGUGGUAACAAAAUCAUCAUCGCCAACAGCAACAGCGGCAUCAGCAUUGUCUGCAACGUUGUUGUUGUUGUUGUUGUUGUGGUGGUGGUUGUCGUCGUUCGUCUGUGACCAUCGGUGCUGUAUAGUUGUCGCACCAGUGUCGCAUGUUGGCAGUCGUGGUAAUAGAAGGCAUUAGUAGAUAGGCGGUCAGAAGACACCAACCGGCGCUGCUUGGACAGUGUCUCUCCUUGCAGUCGUCAUCUCUCUUUCUGCUGCUGCGAUUUCUCAUCAUCAUCAUCAUCAUCAACAGCAGCAGCCGCUGCUGCUGCGGCGGCGGCGGCGGUCCUGUGCAUUCUAGUUGCCGCCCCUGCUACAGCCGCUUUUGUUGUUGCUUCGGCGUUGUCCCGCAUAGCCGUCGUCGUUGUCAUCAUUGUCGCCGUCGCCGUUGACGACGACGUUCUCUUUGGUUGCGGUGCCGACCCGGCCCGGCCUGACCUGACCUGUACUGUCCUGCUGCCAGGUCCGGUCGCGCCUGCUACCACGCGGGCAAGCGCAUACAAACACGCCGAGAGGUAGACAAAGCAAGGAAAGAAGCAAGAGACAAACAGACGGCGCACUAUAUCGCCGUUCGUCUGUCCACUCGCUCUCAGCUGAUCGCAUUGGCUGCAAUAGUGCCGCUGCUAGUAAUAUUUGGCGGCGAUCGUGCUUUUGUUGUUGCUGCUAGUGGCAAUUUGCGGCAGUGGCGAUAGAGAUUAUUGUCGCCUGUUUGGUUUGUCCGUUCGGUCAACGGUUCCGUCGUUAUCUACACUGCUAUUGCUAAUGCAGCUGCUGCUGCUGCUGCCGCCGCCACCGCCUUUGUUGUCGUCGUCGUAUUAUCGUAAUAGUAAUCAACAACAACAACAAGUACAGCAGCAACGGGUACUGCCACUGGUGCUGCCGUUUGUUGCUGUUUGUUGCGCGUUUGUCCCCGCUCGACGAUAGCAGCUAAGGCGGUAGUAGACAUUAGGUGAUCGUGUUCCGUGCGAAAGUGUGAUACCCCCACCGAUUCAUCUACCACUAACGAUAUAACAACGGCAACGGCAGCGUCUACAGCUGCAACUGUUAACGAUAAUUGGCACCAGCCAACUGGCGCUACGGUAGAAAUCAGUGGAGCUGGAGGUACCUCUGCUGCUACUGCUGCUGCCGCCGCCGCCGCCGGUCGGCAGCGCUUAGUUGUCUGGGGGGGGGAUCUUCACGUGUCGAUCAUCGUGUCUUUGUGUGUUUUGUCCUGCAAAUGGUCAUUGUUGCAAAAGUAACGCAGUGAUCCUACUAGUUUAUAGACAUAAUAAUAAUAGCUAUAGUAGUGAUACCGUUCCUCGUGUCGCUCAAGAGUAGGACAACUGGAUAAGAAGAAAAAAGCAGGUGGUGAAGAAGGAGGAGAAGGAGAGAAAAAGGAACGGUGAAGUGGUUGAUGUUCUCUUGGUUCUCGAGUGCGGGAGCAAUCGUUCUCCUGAAACGGGACAUUGAUUAAUAGGUUCGUGCAAUCGUGCGUUUGGCCUCCGCCGAGUCGUCCCAAGGGAGAGGAAUAUUUCACCCCGACGCAGUAUCAAAAGACGAAGACAACAAAGAAAUACAUUUCGUCAAUGACGUCAGGGUCGUCGUGAUCGUGGUAAAUUUUUGAGAAGUGCCGCCACCGCAGACUCCUUAGACGAGAGACAGGUCGCCUGUUCUUGUUGCUGUUCGCCAGUCUGGUGAAGUGUUUCUUGAGGUGUGAGUGGCGACCAUCACGGCAACUACGGCGACAAAAUGCAGAAGGACGAUACCAACAAAGAAGAUGGAAAGCGAUCGAUGCCUGCUGGUGCCGGCGGUGGAGGCUCGACUGCCCGCAGUAAACAAAGUAAUGUUGUCCCACAGACCCGCACAUCAACCGGGGGCUCAAACGGUUCCCAGAGCGUACUCAUGGUCGGACCCAACUUCAAAGUGGGCAAGAAGAUUGGCUGUGGAAACUUUGGUGAGCUACGACUCGGCAAAAAUCUGUUCAAUAAUGAGCACGUAGCAAUCAAAUUGGAGGGAAUAAAAUCAAAAGCCCCUCAACUACACCUUGAGUACCGGUUUUACAAACUGCUAGGAAAUGCAGAGGGGAUUCCGCGCGUCUACUAUUUCGGGCCGUGUGCCAGAUAUAAUGCAUUGGUUAUGGAACUUUUGGGUCCUUCGCUCGAGGACCUAUUCGACGUGUGCGAACGGCGGUUCUCUCUCAAAACCGUUCUGCUUCUGGCCAUCCAAUUACUACAUCGGAUCGAGUAUGUUCAUACGAAACACCUCAUAUAUCGGGACGUGAAGCCCGAAAAUUUCCUUAUUGGACGAACGUCAACGAAGAAACAAGAUGUCAUACACAUCAUUGACUUUGGACUGGCCAAGGAGUAUAUUGACCCUGAAACGAACAAGCAUAUACCAUACAGAGAACAUAAGAGCCUCACUGGAACCGCACGAUAUAUGAGCAUCAAUACACAUUUAGGUAAAGAACAGAGCCGGCGCGACGACCUAGAGGCUUUAGGCCACAUGUUCAUGUACUUUUUGCGAGGCUCACUGCCCUGGCAAGGGUUAAAAGCUGACACGCUCAAGGAGCGCUACCAGAAGAUUGGGGAUACAAAACGAAGUACUCCUGUGGAAGUGCUCUGUGAAGGCUACCCGGCCGAAAUGGCUACCUACCUAAGAUAUGUUCGUAGACUGGAUUUCUUCGAAAAUCCAGAUUAUGAUUAUAUGAGAAAAUUGUUUCGCGAUUUGUUUGACCGGAAAGGUUUUGUUGAUGAUGGCCAGUUUGACUGGACGGGCAAGACGAGUAUCGGCGGAAAUACAUCGACUACUUCUAAGCCUGCGUGGGGAGGAGGCGGUGAUGCAGGAGGUCCCGGCCAAGGGGCACUUACAGCCGGGGUGCCUCUUAGAGGCCUGAUCAGUGGGCUUGGAGACAAACAACAGCAAACAACUGCUUCAGUAGACCCCAGCAAUCCACUAGCAGUGCAGCUGCAUGGAUCGGUACAGGUGGUAAGCUCAACAGUCGGCGGAGAGGGUAUCGCGGACGACCCGAACAUGGGCCAUUCCAACACCCCCAUUGCUGUACCUGUUGAAGUGGAAAUCAUCUCCGAGACCAAAUGCUGUUGCUUUUCACGUAAGAAGAAAAAGAUGAAUCGGCCAAAGUGACCUGUUGGGGGUGGUCGGGACCCUCGGGUCGUUGGGGGUGCAGACAGCGGGGAUCGAUGUGAGGCGGAACCACUCGUCGUUAUCGCCACAGGAGGUUCGCGCGAUUCAGGAACGCAGCUUUCUUCGCCAACCCGCUAUCCAUCAGUUUCCGGGGCACACACAACAAACUGUACAGACUCUCGUCCAAACUACAUGGCCUCUAUAGAACCAGGACCGCGGGAAAAGCAACAACAGUUAGAACGACAACAGCAAUUUAAAAAAAGCCUUCAACUGCAAAACUUAGAUGACCAGAAAGUUCCCUCACUUGCAGUAAGCUCUCUACUUGAUCAAUCCUUACAUGAUGCCCAAUAGUCAGAUAACAGACAGGAGAAGAUUAGAUAAAUAAAUUAAAAAAAAAAACAAACAAAUCGUGCUGGAUGUACCAUACAGCAACAGACACCUGCUUAUCUACCUAUCGACACCAGGUCACUCUGCGCGAAAAAUACCUCCCCCCCUCCCCCAAUGAGCCAUUUUCUCGUAAUAUCUUCUAUAAAUUUCUACAAAUAAUCCUAUUAUAAUCAUAUUGUUAUUAUAAUUAAAAAAUCAGUUGCUGAACCGUUUCUAUUGCUGGUUUGUUUAUCGCUCAGAUAGAUUUAGGACGUUGGCCGCUCAACGAUAGUAUCUGAUCAACACCCAGCUAUAUUGACUAUACUCAUCACCGAAGAUUGGGUUUCGGCGCCUGCCAACAUUCAAUUUCUUAAGGGACCACGCUGCCUCGCAACGGCGGACCUUCGCCACCCGGGGCGCAAAAACACAUGGCAUUACACAAAUACGUGAGGGCACUUCAGGAGACGCCUCUUUCUUCUAAAUUUCCUGGCGUUUAACUACGAUUUAUUAUAACAGAGCGGGUGUAGGGUAGAGGAUUCCUAACUUUUUGUUGUCGACUGAUCGUCAACAAGAUUAGCGAGGAAUAGAACAUAAAACGUUUUUAGCUUUACCACAGACCAAAUGGCGGUAACUGAGCGACGCGUUGGUGUAAUACAAGCGCUCGAUCGACAUACACCUAUUAGAAGUACUAACAUGGUGACGAUUUCUAGAUAGUGGUGAUGAUGCUGCCGAUUUCAGAAAUGAAGGUAAUCUUUGUUGUAACCGUAAUGUAUAUCGCGGGUCGCGCAAGAACCGACGAUAUAGCCAUGUGAUUACAAGAGAAGUUGUAGGGCGAGCAGUUGAUGAACAUGUCAGAUAUGAUUGAAGUAGCUGAGAAGAAUCAUACACGAUGUGUAACAUGUUCGAAUGGCAAGCUUAUAGGGGUGGUCAUCUGAGGAUAUUGCUUUUUUGGCCAUCAUUCUAGCGCUAUUAGCGCUCCACAUUGAGUGUGUGCGAGUGAGUAAGUAACUGUGUGCGAAUGUAUGGACAAGAUCGAAAGAGACAGACGAGAAUGAUAGAUUUUAGUAAUGAUGUGCAGUCGAUAAAAGCGUAAGACCUCUAAGACAACCGUCAGAGAGAAAUGAUAAUAAAUCAAAGAUGAAAAACGACACAGAGCAAGAGGGAGGAAGGGUGGGGUAAAAUAGACAAACAUUGAAUGAAAAGUAUUGUAUUUUCGGUGAACCAGGCGCACUGUCAUAGAAACACAAGGUUGAACCAUACAUAACAAAAGACAACAACAAUGGGCUCAGAAAGAUGAUCAAGACCGACAUUUGCUAGCAUCUAGUAUGAUCGGGCAAUUGACGGCCGGCCUUCACGCCACCCUAGAAUCAGCAGUGAGCCCAAUGUCAGCACGUGGUAAUGAACAAAAAUAGAAAUUAUUACAACAUUAAACAAACACGAUGAUGCCAUGAAGGUAAAUAAGCAAGCAAACAGGCACACGAAAACACAAAUAGGGCGCCACGUAGACAUCAAAGGCUGAAUCGAGUAGAACGCUAUCCAGAGCGUUUUGUAACUGCAGAAGGAGAGUCGGAAAAAGGUCAGACUGUUCGUAGGACAAAUCGUUAAUAACCAUUCAUAAAGAUCAGUAGUAGUAGGGAUAGACAGAAAACGGGAACGCUCUACGUUCGACAAGAAGAAAAACAAAUGACACUCGUUAUUGUUACAAACGCCCAUGAAUGUCCAUAUGUUUUUGAGAGGAUAAGGAAUACCAGCAACAAAAAGUUAAGCGAGUGAAGGAAAAAGGCUGUGCCCGAUCCCAGGGUGAAAAACUACCCCUAGUCCCGCGGGGGGCGCUACAGCAGACAAGGCAAAGAGCUACGUGGGCCGCAGUAUAUAUAUAUAUAUAUAUAUGUUUAAUUGUUGCAGAUUUCUCGUCUAGCCACGUGCUUGCCCGCCGACACCAACAGAUAGAUUCCAACGCUCUGAUGGCUAGUUGGCCUUUGAUACUUGCCGUUGGCUUCUACACUGCUGAUACUGCACAUUCUAUUGAUAGCAAGCAUUGGGCGACCGGUAAUUAAACAACAACAACAACAACAACAACAGCAGCAGCAGUACAAUCCAAGAGCAAACUACCAACCAAGAAUAAAAUCAAGAGGAAAAAUGGCGGGGGAGAAAAGGUAAGGGGGGAGGGGGGAGGGGGUAAGAAAGGACGACAAGCGCGCGAAUCGCGGACGUCAGCCGACGUUCUCUCUUCCCGUUCUGUUGUAUUGCCGCAGCAUUUGCCCCAGCCGUAGUAAUGGCAGCAGUGGCAGAAGUUAUUGCAGCUUCUUUUAUUUCUGUUUGUAUUUCCGCUUUCUACUAGUCGUCUUGCUCGGUAUAACUGGUGCGUUUUUUACCACAUAGCUCUGUUUGCCUGUCAGUUGCUCGCGCCCCACUUGCAAGAAGUCAAUGUAUGUGUAUGACCGAUUAUGAAGAUAAUUAUGACGGUGACGAUACCGUAAUGACGAUAAUAAAAAGACGACCGCUAAUGUUAUUAUGAUGAUGACAAGUCACUAUGUUCUCGAAUAUAUAAAUAGAAAUUCCCAAACACGUGGAGACUAUUAUGACAAGCCAAGAUUAUAUAUAUAUAUAUAUAUAUAUAUAUAUAUAUAUUAGUUAGAGAGAGAGGUAGAAAGGUAGAUGAAUUAUUAAAAGAUUGAGGCUUGUGGUCGCUUCAAGCGAAAAUAGGGGAGAUAAACUAUGAUAUACUCCUCUUUCGAUAUAGUAUAAAGGAGCGUUCCGUUAACAAGGCAUCAAUGAGAACAAGAGAGGCAAAUAAAUGAGUAGGAUGUGCUGGUAAUAGAUGGGUGUUACUAAAUGAAAACAAAAUAGAGCAAAACACGGAUACAUUUAUAUUAUAUGUACUAAUUAUGUCAAUUGAUUCAUGAGUUAAUUAUUGAAGAUCAUGUCUAUGACAGAGACGAAGGUAAUAUUAUUGCCAGUUGUACGAUUUGUUCAAAAACGAAAGGGUGAUGAUAAAUAUAUAGAUAAAGAAAUGCAUAAACAAAUAUGUGUGUAUUGAAAUAACAUGGCGUUAAUGAUAAAAAUAAUGAUAUAAAUAUUUCUGAGUGCACCAAUGUAAUGUAAACUGGAGGAAAUUAUGUAGUGGGAUAUAUAUUCGGUAAUGAAUAAGAUCAGAUUAUGGUGGAAUUUUAAAGGCCAAGUUGCUUCAUCAUUCUCAUCAAUCGCAUGGGCAAGUGUCGCAAAAAGGGAGAUUCUAGUUCAGUGAUAAGUAGCCCCAGAGGCAGCCCCAAGGAAAAUGGAGAAUUGAGUUGGUCGCUAAGCGAACUGUGACGACGACAACAAUGUGAAGGUCAUAAAGUAAUUAACGAGGUCUUCCUGGGGAGAAGGUGAUUUAUAUUAUGGGUGGGAUAAAAAUGAAGCACACCUGCCUCAUAAUGGAAUUAACUCAAGAACAUCACUUAGAGUUAAACCUGAAAGAAUACUUACUUACAAAAUUAAGAUACUUCUACUUUACGAUGGGCAGGUAUUUGGUGAAAAGUAUCAAUCGAUUCAAGUUGAAUUUACCUCCAACCAAUGACAUAGAACCACGUUACCUUUCGUACACCACCAUUCCUCCAUGCGAGAAAGCUUCUAGAUUGCUUAGGCCUGUAAAUGCUUAGCAGACUUUUUGCAGUAUGGAAAUAAACGUCAGUUGAUAUGAAACAAAAACACGGCCGCCGAUACAUGAAAUCUCGAUAAAAUACCAUAAAAAUUGAAGUUUUCGUCAUUCGUCCGAAGUAAAGAAGGUAACAAAUAGAACUUAAUUAGCACGAUUUAUAUAACUAGUGUGGGUCAAAGGGAAAAAAAUAAAUCUGAUAGGGAAAGAGCUGGGUGUAUCUAAAAAAGGGGAUUUUUGCUCAGUUGAUUGUUAUUUAUGUGCGUUGCAUAUGGCAUUCGUUCGUCGAUAUGUUUCGUUUAUCGUUAACUCCGUCGCAAUAUAAUGUACUUGAUUUACUAACAUCAAGCCUAUGAGCUCAAAGGCUCGGUGGGGCCGUACGCCCUUGCGGGGCCUGAUAAACUGUUCACAUGCUCACUCCAAUAGGAUCACUGACAUCUAUAUAUCAGAAAAGCGGCGAGAGCCCAUCACUUAUUGGCGUUAUCCGCAUUUCCGCUAAUUUCUACUUAGUAAAUCAUUCCGGAAGUCAGGAGCAUUUGUGAUCCUGAUUAUUCUGCUUGCAUAUCUUUAAACAUUCGUAAAUAUCCUACUAUUUAAACAUAACCUCGGACAUAAUCUAAAGUCAUUUGCUUUGACCCAAUAUAGAGAACUGGCAAAUGUAGCAAACACAAAUGCUAAAUAUCCAGCGACAUACUGCUCGAUAUCCCCUAUACAGUCAAAUUAAGUAGAAGUUACCUUCGUCCAUUACGUCCGGAGGUUGCGGCCCCCCUCGAUGAACGCAUUCUUACACUUUGUCGAAAAUGCGGCCAACUUCUUUUUUAAGGGAACGAAGUGGACAUUCUAAAGCGUAAGCAAGCAGCUGAAGAGAUCUGUUCAUUAUGACCCUGUGCGCUCAAACGUAGCAGGCACAUAAUCUCGUAUCCUAAAUCUACGAGGGCAGGCCCAUUCCUUUGGACCUUGGUUUAUAGCCCCAGAAAGUUCGCCGUUAGAAAGCACCUAAUGACUCUGGAUAGUUUUUGCUCUUCUAAUGAAGUGUAAUGAAUCCCAUUUCCGUUGAAACUACGGGGCACAACAAUAUCACAGUUGAAGCGUAGCAUAUCAAUAACGUUACGCCUCAGACAGAUAUGCAGAAAAGAAUGCAGGCUUCAGGAAGCUUUUAAGAGGAACUCAUGUUUGGAGAGCAGUUGGAACGGAAUGAUUCCAUCGAUUGACAAAACUUUGAGAGCAGAUGUCGGAAGCCGCGUGCGUCUCUGAGAUAUGAGCUAAAAUGUUCAGUAAAAGCUAACCGUGGGAUAUUUAAUGCGAUGAGACAACACUAAUUUUCGUGCGGCCGAACAGCAAAGUUGUAAUAUAUAUUACUACAAUAUAAUAAUAUGUGAAACUUCCAUGAGCGAAAGGAAACACGAACGUAACGUAGAAUUGACGGCAUCACCAUUGCCCGUACCAGGAAAGGUGACGACCAAUGAUUAAGCUAACAACAAUUAUUGGUGACGACUAACUGAUGCCCCCUGUCAUCAUAGAGUGACCUAGACCAUGGUGACGUAACGGCUAGAUUCGGUACAAAAUAAUUGCGCCGUUCGAACGGCAGACACCCCUCGAAAACGCCCAAAAACGUUAAAAGGCGGUUAAUAGAAUAGAUUAUAAAGAAAAAAAUCGAGACAUUUUAAGAAAGAAAAAGGGUUAGAGGUCCGAAAACGAAAAUAAAGAACGUUAUUUUUUUUAUGAUGCACUACGACCUCGAGAGCUAUGAUGAAGGCGUUGAUGGUGGUGGCGGUGAUUGUGAUGAUGGCAAAAGUGGGAAAAUUCUAUUACGAUACCAUGAUGCUGACAUGGGCAAAUAUAAUGAAAUCAAUUAUUAUUUUAUGGCAAAAAUAUUAAUAAUAAUAAUAGUAUAGUUAUGAACAAUAAUGAUAUUGCAGUAAACUAAAAAUAUGCGCGCAAAAAACAAGCCGAUAUUACAUCAAUAUAAGAAGACUGGGUUUGUCUAGAAGUGCGAGAUUGACAGGCCACAGAAAUUGAAAAUAUUAUGGCGUUUGAAAAGAACUGUGUGGGAAGCAAAUGUGAGACACGUAAGGAUCACGCAGAGAUAAAAAAAAAUGGAAAACCUAUUAUUACUGAUCAGAAAUAGAAGGGGGUGUAGAGACCGAGCGGAAACCUUCCGCGUAAAAAUUCGAAAUAGAGCGAGCGACUGAGCGAGAGAAACAGGACCGUGUGCAUGUAUUUAGGCUGUUUGAACAAGCAGUAGGUGUCAUAAGGGAGGAAGUCGUAACUGGCCAAAUAAGCUUAUUGAGAAUUGCUGGCCAGGUUUACAGAAAUAUGAUACUAUAGGACAAGGUAAGGUCAGUGAUAAAAACGGAUAUAAAAUAGAAAAUGGUAAGUGCAUCGAAAGUAGACGAAAAGUAAUCGGGGUCGAUGCGUUGUUUAUUCGAACGCGAUGAAGCCGCGAGAUGGCGCCGUAGGAAACGUGAAGGAAUGAAACCGCGAGACGGAAAAUGACGAAAUAUUAAUAAAAAGAGGAAGAAAAUGGCGAGAUGAGAAAAAUACUAGAAAAAGAGGCAAUGUACAUAGUUUGUUGGCUUUCCUUUCCGAUAUUAUUAUUCUUACUGUAACUACAUACAUGUAUUAUUAAUUAUUAUUAGUAAACAAUCUCAUGUAGUGUAUUUGAA